UGCUUAUCAAAACACAAAUUGAGAAAAGUUUGCUAAUUAUAAUCUUCUUGAUUUAUGCAAUCCAAUAUCAUAAUUUCACGUCUAAUAUGAUUACACUUAUUAAUUUUGUUAGCCAAAAUUCAUUUCACAACAACCGAAGACUUUAGUACGUUUCCAAAGAUAAAUAAACCAAAACCAUCGUCAUGCAACUCAACGAUUUUAUUCGUAAUGAUUACAAUGCUGUUAAUUGGUGUGGCAGCCAUGAGUUACGUAUUCUGGAAAAUCAACAUCAACAAUUAUUCACAGCCAUCACUAAUUCUGUCAACUGAAGAAUUCAAAAAUUUGGUACUUUCCAUCGUUGACGAGGACUUCGAAAGACUUUUUUCUGAGAAUGGCAGCAACCAAACGAGUUUUUUAGGAGAAUUGCAACUGCUUGACGAUGAUUAUCGUGUACUAUGGUCGAAGAACUUAGAUGAUAUAAAUUUGAGGUACCUGGAUAAAAAAAUAGUUUCUUUUGACCAAAAAUCAAAGUCUAACACAGAACUUUUCUCCGAGGAGGAUGAUUAUUCAUGGGAGGACUACGACGAUGAGAAUGCUUCGAUGAUUCCACCGAUCACUCCGUCAAGUCAACCUCGCGGCAAACGCAGUGACUAUGUUACGUCUCCGUCCUCGUCAAAGCCGAAAAAGUACGUGGUUUCUCAUCAAACGCGUUUUGUCAAUUGCGAGCGUUUUAAGCCGACUGCUCGAGGAAAGUAUCUAGUCUCUCCGUCACUACCAGCUCUUCACACCUGCUACAAAAACGGCGUCUAUUUAAACGAGUUAGAGCAAGGAAUCACAAGAAAUCAAGAUGGUGAGCUCAGAUAUGACCUGGAGAAUCUCUACGUUGCCUGCAGGGAUGUCUUCAAUAACGACAUUGACGUACUUACCAACGAUCUGCUACGGGAUUACGAGCGGUGCAAGUGGUCUCAGGCACUGGACUCGAGACAAGAGGCCAUCAUUGAGCACAGGUUCGCCGACAAGCUUCGCUAUGCUGGGCUAGUCCAAGCGCCAGGGCAACUGCAAGCCAGCACGACGACCACGAGUACAACCACGUCCUCGCCGACAGUUCCCAGAUUGGACCCUCGUGGUUACGUCGAGUGCAACCACGUGGAAACGGAGUUGUUUGAGGAUUACUUUGAAAGCCCGAGCUACGAAGCUUUACAGCGCUGUCAGAAACACGGAGUAACCGCUUUUCAGCUUAGGCAGGGCAUUGGCAAAAAUCCAAAGUUUAACGAGAUUUAUUUCGACGUCUCCAGUCUUUACGUCCCUUGCAGCUACGUCUUCGAUGAGCAGUUGGACUACCUGACUAAAGAAUUGAAGGAGGAUUACAGGAGGUGCAAAAGUGUCGAUGCCUUAAGUCGGGAAGCGCAACAGAUUAUCGAGAAGAAGUUUCAUGAGGCACUGAACAAGGAUUUAAGCACAGAGGAGAAAAGCAAACGCAGUAGUAGCACGAGCACCGAGGAUCCGUCUUCGUCUUACAGCACCGACGACGACUACGACAGCAGUUACUCAUCAGUCAUGGAAACGACGACGAUUCCAAGCGGCCGAUACGCUUUCGCUAAUUGUAAACGCGCCGAAGGCAGCAUCUACAUGAUCUGUAUAAAAGUCAUAAAGGUCUACUCGAUGCCGAUGCCAGUAGUUCAGUAGCGAGUGCGCCUUUCCGUUUUUGUUAUUUCUCUUCUCUCUCUCUCUCUCUCUCUCUCUCUCUCUCUCUCUCUCUCUCUCUCUCUCUCUCCUCUCUCAUUCGCGAAAUCAGCGCGAGCGCGAAAGUCCCUUUACGCGCGCGGAAACCCGGAAGCGUGAGAAAGGCGUGUGUGUGUGUUUCUGUUUAUGUGUGUACGCGCAUGCCUUGUCUCGGCCGAUUUGCGAUUCCUGCUCUUUUAUUUAUUUAUGUAAUGUUCCAGUGCGUAAUUUCGCGGACUAACGUGUGGAAAUCCGCCGGGAAUAUGAUUAGCUUUUUGCGAGCUUGAAUGGUUUUUUUUAACGUUUCCUACAUACGAAUGCGUUAUUGCGUAAAACGAGAAACGAGAUCGUUUUUCGGAGUUUUCGUAGAAAAGCAGGAAUGUAAAUCGAAUCGAAAGAAAACUUUGGCUUUUUAAAUGUCUAACUGCAUUCGUCUCUAAACUCACUCAAAUUAUAUGAACUUCUAUGAAUAGAGAGAUCUUAUAGAAAAAUAUAUAUAUAAUGAUGUUUUAAUGACAACCGUGUGCAGCUACUUGAGAGAAAACGAACUUGGUUCCACAGCCGCGCAAUUUGUAUGUAAUGAGAGCUCAUUCCCCAGACGCGAUGCUGCAAUGAUAACUUAUAAAAUUACAUUGUUAUUACAGUAAAGUAUAAUUGUGUAUGCAUCUCCUUCCUGAAGAUACUUACGAUAAACCAUCAUUUUUACUUCCAAUACGCAACUAUACACGGCUAUAUUUUCCAGAAAUGCCUCUCAGUUCUUGACUCCUUGUUGUUACAGGUAAAAAUAGGAAGUAAGUACAAAUCAUGGAAUAAAUACGAUACGCCUCCGACAAUCUCUUUCCAUGUACCUAUAUACGAAGGUACACGCGAACGAAAAAAAAAGCCUCGGCGAAGAUGACACUCCCAUAACAUUCUAUUUUUUAUAACAAGCUGCCGCUCGCUCAGAGAAGAAACAACACUCCCGACCG